AUGGAGAGCUGGAUAGUUCUAUACUGCUAUUGUGCCGCCGCUAUCUUAAAUAUUGGGCGAAUAACUACAACUCAAUGUCCGGAUGCUGAUCCCGAAUUGCGGCUUUGGUCAGAUAGUGAAACAUGGACAUUAAAUGGACUUCCGGAACCUUUUCAAAAUGCCACAGUGACAAUAAAAAGUGGAAUGAAGGUCAAACUAGAUGCUGACGUUGAUGUGAAUAGUAUUGUCAUAGAAACGAAUGGUCGUCUGGUGUGGGACUCUUCACGUGAUAGUAUAGUACGAACACACUUUAUUUACAUACGGGGAACAAUGGAAAUAGGAUCGGAGAACUGUAAAUUCAAGAAGAAAGCUAAAAUAAUACUAAAAGGUAUUCGUGGAGAAAACCCCGGUAUUCCACAGUGUGGUGAGAAGUUUAUUUGUGUAGACCAAGGUGGCACACUUGAAUUACAUGGCAGGGACAAAUUAUCAUGGACAAAGUUGACCAAAACUGUCACUAAACUAAGUGUAGGUCAAGGACUAUAUUUCAAACAUCAGGAAUCUGAGAAUAUGAAGCAUGACUGGAGAGAAGGACUUAGAGUUUAUGAAAUGGAUCCUUCAUCGCCUAAGGUGUAUAAAGAAGAUGUGUUUUAUCUUUCUGGACAAAUGGGCUGGUGGACAGACAAAGGAUUAAAGGAAAUUGGUCCUUUUAUAAACAGUAAACCUGAUUCAGCGAAAGAGAGAUUGGACAACUCGGCAAAAGAAGUACGAAUAGCUUCCGUUUCCAUGGAUUUUCAAGCUGCAAAUCAACGAAUUGAGGUGUUGAGUAGAGUUGGCUCCCCUGGUGACACACAUGUAGACUUUAUAAUAUAUGAGUAUGACAGGACUUAUCCAAUCAUUGACGUGGUAGACAACGUUCAUAGCUGGGAACCAGGCGACAGGGUGCUGUUAACUUCUACAGAUUUUGAUAUGGACCAGGCUGAAGAAGGAAUCGUCCAGUUUUGUCAGAACUGUAACCAGAAACAAAUAGGAAUUAGCCUUGCUCCCCGAUACACACAUUGGUCAAAAAUGGAAAACAACAUUGACAUGCGCGGUGAAGUAGCUUUGUUGACCCGUAAUAUCAAGAUCCUAGGGGAAAUGGAGAUGAAUUGUCAUACAGCCAAUAAAAACUGUAAGGAUUAUGCUUAUGACACGUUUGGCGGUCAAAUCCAGAUUUUAAGGAACUUUAAGAACGUACACAUAGAAGGCGUAGAGCUAGAAAACGUAGGACAAGCCACUGAGAUAGGAAACUAUCCUCUACAUUUCCACAUGUGUUAUGACACUGAUGACGGGAAUUAUCCUAAUCCACCAUACCUCAGGAGAAACUCUAUCUACAGAGCGUUUGCAAGAUGUAUAGCAAUCCACGGUUCACAUGGCAUAACGAUCGAAGACAACGUCUGUUAUGAUACACUGGGUCAUUCCAUUUUCUUGGAAGAUGGAGGAGAAAAAAGGACAGUAAUUGAUGGCAACUUGGUAGCAUCCACACGUAAAGGAAAACUUAUAGCAUCAGACAGCACACCGGCCUCGUUCUGGAUUACAAAUCCUCUGACAGUUAUACGAAACAAUGUAGCCGCUGGUUCAGUGGAAGAUGGUUUCUGGAUUAUAUUCCCCGAUGAACCCACAGGGAGUUCUGAAAGUUUAGGAUUUAUGAAGAAAUAUGAAGCCAAACACACAAAGAUGACUGAAAUAUCUAAUAAUGUAGCUCAUUCAAAUUUAGUGACAGGAUUUUUUAUGGAUGGUACAAUACAACACAAUGAUCUUAAAGUCUAUGGCGUUAAUGGAUAUUAUCCCAGAACGAUUCCAACUGAUCCAAACAAUAAAUAUGCAGAAGAUGAUCCAGUAUAUAUAAACAAAAUGACAUGUUGGAAAAAUAGAAUACAGAACAGUUGGAUCAGGGGAGGAUUUAUAGUUUUGAAACAUUACUCCUCAGCAGAUAGUGGUCGCGGACUGAUAUUUGCAAGAUCAUCGAAACAAGAGCAAUUUAUAGAAUACAGCGUUAUUGUUGGCGAAACGGAUAACAUUGGAGAACCAACCAAAACCUGGAACAAUACAUUAAGUCGACCAUUGGCUUACCCUCGGUCUCUAGCUGUACCAUGGGAUAACCAAUUCCCAAUCAUUGGUUUAAUUUUUUACGACGGACCUGUGUAUGCUGAUAAGAUAUGGUUUAAUGAUUUUAAAUCAACGGAGAACUACACUUCUGCAGCCAUUGGAUUUCGUCGGAGAAAUCAAUUUUCUAGUUCAGCUGGUAGCUCUAUGACAGAUAUUCUGUUUGGAUUUGAUGAUCCAUUAGAUGGAAACCGUGUGUAUGACGGAAAUACAACAAUCCAUGGAUUUGGUAAUCUGGACGGGGACAAGGGAGCUACGUUUCGGGAUGAGGAUGGAUCAGUAACGUCAUACACAUCUAGCAAACAGAUUGUAAAACCUGGACGAUUCUAUACGACUUCCGACUGUACAUACAGAAGUAACUGGAAUAUGGCAGUUUGUCCACAUAUAUAUGGAAAGUUAGAUGUGGAUAUAGACCGCAACUCUCCUGACCGAGGUCAAACCGAGGCUAUUAUGCUUCGAGACGAUGAACCAGACUUUCCUGUAACUUUAUCCGAUGAUUACACAGCAGAUUUCCUGACAAUUCUUGGUGGUAGCCAUAGCUACACACUUCACUGGACUAAACAGAUACCAAGAUUCUUCAUUAUCAGAGGCUACGGUAUCGAAAAACAUAACCACGUUCGGUUGGGUAUUUGUUUGCCAAUUGAUGCAACAUUCAAUCUGUACACAUGGUCGCCAUUGUGGAGACCAGAAACAAAAUUAUGGACACAGGUGUUAUCACUUAAGGAAUUAGACAACGACACACUUGGAGAUAGAUACUUCUGGGAUAAGUCAAUCGGGAUGCUAUUUGUAAAAUUCGUCAGUUAUAGAACACGAAGUCGUAGUUGUACAACUGAUUGUGAAGGAGAAUGUCCGGUUCUGCAGGUGACCAUACUAUCAGGAGAUAGAGCAGACGGUAAUUGUCGACACAGAACUUACGUUUACCCUGGUACUUACAGAAAACCAAGCAGUGGUAAAAUGAAAACUGAUGAAAGGGAAAUGACCGCCACUUCAAAUGCUCCUCCUGUGGACUGGGGAGCUGGCUCACAACUUCCAUUUUCGUCACGACAAAUAACAGAUGGCGGGUUCUCUGAUUGGUCGGAUUAUAUGGAGUGUUCUGUCACAUGUGGAGGAGGCACCAAAUCGAGGUACAGGUACUGCAAUAACCCGUCCCCGACGAACGGUGGUGCUGACUGUGCUGGGCGUUCUGUUUUGACUCUUACUUGUAAUGAUAAACCAUGUCCCAUUGAUGGUGGAUUUGCAGAUUGGACUUCAUGGAGCACAUGUCUUGUAACUUCCGGUUGUCAAGGUUCUUCAGGGAUGUGGGUUUCUGCGUAUUUUGCGGUUUUAGUUUAUGUCUUUGUAGCAGCUGCAACAGCAACGGUGACCAGUUGUCCAGAUGAUGAUGUCACUUUGAAACCAUGGUCUGUCAGCACAACAUGGACAAACCAGGGACUUCAGGUCCCUUCGACAAAUUCGGAUGUUACCAUACAAGAUGGAAUGAAUGUCAAACUAGAUGUUGACCUUGAUGUAAACAGUAUCACUAUAGAAACAAAUGGACGACUGGUGUGGGAUUCUGGAAAAAAUACAGUUAUUAGGACACGGUACAUCCUCAUUCAAGGAACAGUGGAGAUUGGAUCCGAAGAUUGUAAAUUCAAUGCAAAGACUGAAAUUAUUCUCAAAGGAAUUAGAAACGAGAUCCCUGAUGUCGGUCACUGUGGUCAGAAAUUUAUUUGUGUCGCCCAAGGUGGAACAUUAGAGCUUCAUGGAAAGGACAAAUUAUCAUGGACGAAACUUGAUAAAACAGUUAAUCCUCUUAAAGUUGGGGACGGAAUUUUUUAUCAGCAUCAGAAAACUUCAUUAACAGAUCAAGACUGGUUUAGUGGUUUACGCGUGUAUGAGUUUGAUGCUUCAUCAAAACAAGUCAUUAAGACGAAAGUGUUUUAUUUGUCUGGUCAGAACGAGUACUUUACCAACAAGGGACUGGCAGAAAUUGGUCCCUUUAUUGACAGUAUAUCUGCAGGAAGUGUUGUUGGUAUCGCCCUGUUGAGAACAUUGGUUGGCACAGCUGACUUGUCUGACGUUUAUGACACUAUUGAGUCUCUGGGAGCUUCUAGAAUACGAGAUGUAGACAACGACGAUGCAUAUACCUUCAUAGUUAUUAAAGGUGAUACCAGUUCUGCUGUUGAAGAUCUGAACAAUUCUGCAGAAGAUGUACGUGUAGCUACCGUUUCCAUGGAUUUUAUCGCUGCAAACCAGAAAAUAGUGUCAAUCAGUCAAGUCAAGACCGGUUCAUGGGGUUCAACAUAUGUCGACUUUCUGGUUUACGACCAUGACCGAGCUUAUCCUACAAUAGAUCUAUUUGAUAAUGCACAAACAUUGGAACCAGAUGACAAGAUCCUUUUUACCUCGACGGAUUUCGACAUGGAGCAAGCAGAAGUUGGUUCUGUUGUAACUUGUAAUACUUGUAGCCAAAAGCAGGUCCGUGCUGACUUUGUUCCGAAAUUUGUUCAUUGGUCAAAACUUGAAAAUAAUGUUGACAUGCGUGGUGAGGUCGCAUUGUUAACUCGGAACAUAAAAGUAAGAGGUGAAACCCAAUUAAGUUGUCCCGCAUCUAAUGGAAACUGUGCUGACUUUUCAUAUGAUACGUUUGGCGGUCACGUUAAGGUUUUGCGAUAUUUUAAGAAUGUCCAUGUAGAAGGAGUUGAGUUAGAAAACAUGGGACAAGCUACCAGUCUAGGAAACUAUCCUCUUCAUUUCCACAUGUGUCAUGACACUGAUGACGAGAACUAUCCAAAUCCACCAUACCUUAGGAAAAACUCCAUUCACCAUUCCUUUGCAAGAUGUAUUACAGUACACGGGUCACAUGGUGUAACGGUUCAAGAUAAUGUUUGCUAUGACCAUCUUUGCCAUGGAAUUUUCUUAGAAGAUGGUGGGGAAAAAAGAACAGUUAUAGACGGGAAUCUCGUUGCUGUAACACGGAAAUGUAAACUUAUCCAUUCCGAUGGAAACCCAGCCUCGUAUUGGAUAACAAAUCCCAAAACAAUCAUCCGUAAUAAUGUGGCUGCUGGAUCAGAGGGAAUGGGUUUUUGGAUAAUUUUUCCUGACAUACCAACUGGUCCCUCGGAAAGUCUUGGAUUUAUGGCGUUUGACGAGGCUAGACACACAAAGAUUACCGAAAUGAGUAACAAUGCUGCCCAUUCUAAUGAUCAUGGCUUAUUUAUCGAUAAUCGAAUCAAGAAAAUUGGCAAUGAACUGAAAGUAGAGGGAACGAAUGGAUAUUAUCCCAGGACCAUGCCACUCGAUCCAAAAAAUCCUUUAGCCGAGGAUGACCCAGUAUACAUUGACUAUCAAACCUGUUGGAAAAACCGAGAAAACACUUGGAUAAGAGGAGGGCUGAUCUUUGUCCGAUGGUAUUCAUCGGCGGACAGUGGAAAAGGUCUGACAUUUGCAAGAUCGUCCGAUCAGGAGCAGUUUAUUGAGAAAAGUGUGUUUAUGGGAGAAACCGAUAAUAUAGGUGAACCAACGGAAGUGUGGAGUAGUACAUUAAACCGAUUGUUGGGAUAUCCUAGAUCUCUGGUCAUACCCUGGGAUGAUAAGUAUCCUAUCCAAGGGUUUAUAUUCUAUGACGGACCAGUAUAUGCUGAGAGCAUCUGGUUUGAUAAGUUCACUCCUACGACGAACUACACCAGCGGAGCUUUGUCAUUCUUAAGAAACAAUCGGUUUUCAAGUUCCUCCGUUAGUCAUGUUAUGGAUAUAAAGUAUGGAUUUGUUGAUCCAACAGGCGGAAAUCGUGUUUAUGAUGGCGAUGAAACUGUGCAUGGAUUUAACAAGUUGGACGGCGAUAAAAGUGCAACAUGUAGAGAUCAAGAUGGUUCUGUUACAAACUUAACACCAAAUCAACAAAUUGUAAAGCCAGGGCGUUUUUACACAACAGCAUCGUGUCAAUAUCGUAGUACCUGGAAAAUGGCCAUGUGCCCGCACAAAUACGCAAAGCUGGAUGUUAACAUAGACAAUGGUUCGCUUGACCGUGGACAAACUAACGCCAUCAUGGUCAGAGACGACGAGCCUAAUUCCCCUGAAACACUUGCUGAUGACCAAACAGCUCAGUUUAUGGCGAUACUUGGUGGUACAUACAGUUACACACUGCACUGGAGUAAUAACAUUCCCAACAUAUUCUGGAUUUAUACUGACGGGGUUGAAUUGAAUCAGUUUGUCCGAGUCGGUAUGUGUAUGCCGCCUGAUGCCACUUUCAAUCUCUAUUCCUGGUCUCCACUCUGGCGACCGAAGACAAGUGAUUGGACAGAAGUGUCCUCAAUAACCGAUCUUGACGCAGAUACCGUUGGAGAUAGAUAUUUCUGGGAUAGCUCGAAUAGAAUGUUAUUCGUAAAGUUUAUAAGCUAUAAUCAACGAACAACUACCUCGAAGAACUGUGAGGGUUCUUGUCCAAUGCUGAAAGUUGUGAUACUGUCUGGUGAUAGGUCAAACGGUGAAUGUCGUGAUUCUGCUUACACAAGUCCUGGAACUUACAAAAAACCAAGCAGCGGCCAAAUGAGUACAGAUUCUCGGACGUUGGCUGCAACCGCUCAGGGACCACCUCAGAAUUGGGGAGCAGGUUCACAACUUCCAUUUACUUCAAGACAAGUUAUAAAUGGCGGAUGGUCCAGUUGGUCUUCAUUUAAUGAAUGUUCCGUCACCUGUGGUGGAGGAACUAAAACUCAAUACAAAACUUGUAAUAACCCGUCUCCAGCAAAUGGGGGAGCUGACUGUGCUGGAAAUAAUGUUAACACAGUGACCUGUAACGACGACCCAUGUGCUGUCGAUGGAGGCUUUGGUGAAUGGGGAUCAUGGUCAUCUUGCAUGAUACCUUCCAGUUGCCAGGGAUACAGAGAAAGUGAAAGGUUCUGCAAUAAUCCGACUCCUCAUCAUGGCGGGCUCCAUUGUACCGGACCAGUAAAGAAACAAGAAGCAUGCAAUACAUGUCCAUGAAUAUAAAAGUUUGACUGUUUCUGUCGAUGCUUAUAUUAAAAUCACAAAAGACUGAGUAAAUUAAUAUAAGAAAUUAUAUCAAUUUUCUAUCUAGAAGCAUUUCGAACGUAUAAAUUAUUCAACUAUUAAAUGUACUACUUCAUAUUGUUAUUUGAACUGCCAACAAUGAAUAUAAUAAAUAAAUUUAUUUCACAUAGCUAUUAAAAAAUGUGUCAAGCAGGUUAAUGUUUGUAUUUUUUAAAUUAACUCAUCAUAGAUACCAGGACUAAAUUUUAUAUACACGCCAGAAGCGCGUUUCGUCUACAAAAGACUCAUCAGUGACGCUCGAAUCCAAAAACGUUAAAAAUGCCAAAUAAAGUACGAAGUAAAAGAGCAUUGAGGACCAAAAUUCUUAAAAUGCAUAUAUUGUUCCUUUAUGCUAAAGUUUUAUUAGUUCUAAAGAAAUAAUUCCUUUGGGCUUAAAUAUUUUUGCCCUUUAUGCCGAUAUAUUACCCUUCGAUAUCGCUUGUUGUAAACUAUUUAGCAUAAAAGGGCAAUUCCAUGGUAUUUGUCUUUACAUGUUUAUCGGAUAUUAAGUAAUUUUCUGUCAAUGACAGGUUCAUGCAAUUGAACGUGGACAUAUAGCUGAAUAUUAAAAAAGGAAUAAGGAAAUAUAUUUGAAAAAAACCUAGGUGUAGGGUAAAAACGCCAAUGGAUUUUUUUUUCAUAUAAAUUUAUCAAAUUUUGUCUCGCCAGGCUAUAUGUUUUUGACAGGUGACAUACUCUUCAGUUUUUUUGUACUCGGUCUGGUGAAAGCAACUGAAAGUUAAAUCAAAUUUGUUAUUGGUGCAAUUUGGGGAAACAUUUAAAUAAUUAAUAAGUUAUUUUAUUUCCAAUUAAAAGAGGUUCGAAAGAUACCAGAGGAACUGUCAAAUUUAUAAACCUCAUCGAAAAUAAAUUGACAAAAUGACAAACACAAAUAAUAGUACACAAGAAACAAAUAGAAAACUUAAGAAUGAACAGUCUUUAGCAAAUAUUUUGAUUUGAGCGUCACUGAUGAGUCUUUUGUAGACGAAACGCGCGUCUGGCGUACUAAAUUAUAAUCCUGGUACCUUUGAUAACUAUUUACAACACUGGGUCGAUGCCAUUGCUGGUGGACGUUUCGUCCUCGAGGGUAUCACCAGCCCAGUAGUUAAUACAUUUUAAUAUAUAGAUAGUUCAUACCUACUAAUAAAUGUGACAUGGAA